AUGUCAACUGCGUUCUCAUACGCCGUCUCGGAAGCCGACGCGAGCCUAGCGAAUUGGAUAUGCGGCUCCCUAGCCCUUGCCAUCCUCACCGCCAGACUGGUCGGCCAUCGAUGGCAGCACAGUCGUCUUGAUCUCUCCGCUUACUUGGUCAUCAUGUCGAUUGUCGUCCUCAUUGCACGCAUCAUUUGCAACACCGUGGUACUCCGCGACAAAACCAUUCGGACCUCCCAGCAAGACUCGACGAAUCUCCGCACCGGCAGUAUAGUAACGCUCAUCACGCGUAUUCUGGUCACAACCUUUUACUGGCUACAAUGUACCCUCCUCCUCGUCUUCUACCGCGACAUGCUCGACCACAUGACGUGGAUCGCACGAAUCAUCAAAUCCUGCUGGAUCUUCAUGGCAUGCACCUACAUCACCGUCGUCCUCGUCACUUUCCUCGAAUGUCGCCCCAUUCGCCUCUACUGGACCAUGGACGACGCCUCCCAACCUCACACCUGCACCAAAGCCUACGGUCAACUCUUCACGCAAUGCAUCUCCAUCGCCAUCAUCGACAGCCUCCUCCUCGUCAUCUCCGCCCCAAUCCUCCGCUCCCAAAUCCGACAAUUCCCUCGAAAUUUACAACUGGGAUUGCUCUAUACUCUGGGGUUCUUCAGUCUGAUCGUUAUUGGAUUCCGCUUGCAUUUCAUCCAUCGAGACGGUUCCGCGCAGCGGGCCCGGUCAUUCUGGGCGAGUAUACAAGUGGUGACGGCGACCUUUGUGGCCAAUGCGCCGAGUAUCUAUGGGGCGUGCAAGAAUGUGCGGAGGAGGAAGGAGAGUGUUGAUUCGUUGGCGAGGGCGCGGACCCGAACGCAGGGUUCGGAUGAGUCGUAUGGGAGGGAAGAGGUGAUUGCGAGGGUUGCGCCUGCUGCGCGGAUGAGGUUGUGA